AUGUCGAGCGAGGAGAGCUACCUGGCCAUCCUGCGCUACCUGACCAACGAGCGCGAGCCCUACGCGCCGGGCACCGAGGGCAACGCCAAGCGCAAGAUCCGCAAGGCCGCCGCCUGCUACGUGGUGCGCGGCGGCACCCUCUACUACCAGCGCCGGCAGCGGGACCAGCAGCGCUUCGCCGAGCUCGAGGUGGUGCUGCAGGCCGAGCGCCGCGCCCGCCUCAUCCGCGCCGCCCACCUGGAGGCCGACGGCGCCCACCGCACCCGCCUCCACACCUGGCAGCGCCUCUCCAGCCGCUACUGGUGGCGAGGUAUUCUAAAGCAAGUCAAAGAUUACAUUAAAGAAUGUAGCAAGUGCCAAGAAAAAUUAGAUCGUUCCAGAUCCUUGUCAGAUCCUUCUGAAAUGCUGGAAGAGCUUGGAUUAGACACAGCAUUGCAGGAAGAUAGCAAUGAAACAGAUGACGAAUUAAGCAACUCUGCCUCGCUCCCAGCUGCUUCACCAAAGCCUGUAAAAAAGAAGCCAAUAGCCAAACAUGAGCUUGUAUUUGUUGAUAGUAAAGGCCUUGUGAAACAGACUUCUUCAAAGCAUUCUCAGUCAGUCUUGAAUCAGCUGAACCAACAGCGGCUUUCCAGUCAAUUUUGUGAUGUUACUUUGCUCAUUGAAGGAGAAGUAUACAAAGCACACAAAUCUGUUUUGGCAGCUAAUAGCGAGUACUUCAGAGAACUCUUUAUCGAAAAGGGAGCUCUUUCCAGUCACGAAGCUGUCGUGGAUCUUUCAGGGUUUUGCAAGGCCAGCUUCCUGCCUUUACUGGAAUUCGCUUAUACCUCAGAGUUGACUUUUGAUUUCUGUAACAUGGCAGAAGUAGCAGUGCUGGCUCGACAUCUCUUCAUGACAGAAGUCCUAGAAAUCUGUGAAAGUGUUCACAAACAAAUGGAAGAUAAACAAAUCACAGUGUACCAGAAAGGGGAUGUUCAGGUAGUUGAGGUAGCUCAGAAUCUUUUAGAGCAGGCUGAAAACGGGGCGAACCCUGCUGACAGGACUGAGCAGCCUUCAGCCACAGAAGAUGCAGUCACAACCAUGAAUGGAGCAUACCCAAGCACUGAAGUGGAAGAGGUGACUGCGUCAGAGGCUGUCCUGCAAGCUUCACCAGAACCCCCUGUGGAUAACCCUCCAACGCAUGUGGUGCAUUCUACUGAUACAGAAACAGCUGAAACCCCGACAGAGGAAGACAUCACAGAUCAGAGUGCGUCUGUGGAGCAGUCUGAGCCCUCAGCAACAGAACAAGAAGUCAUCAGCACUCCAGCAGAAAGCGAGGCUGAUAAAAAUGCAAGCACUGAGCAGAACGCGAGCAGCGAAUUAACUGCAGAUGCUGCUGCUGAAGAGUCCCAGGAAGGACUUAAGCGAAAACGCGGUAGGCCAUGUAAAACGCAGAGCGUUCCACUGCCUGAGUCACAGACCUCCGUUUCCAGUCAAGAUGACACUUACAAAAGCAAGCUUCGCCAACGGUCCGUUAGUGAAGGUGGCUACAUCAAAUUGCACAAGGGCAUUGAGAAAAAACUACAGAAUAGGAAGCCAACCACCAAAUCAGCCAUCCAACAGGUUGCCAUGAAGCUGGUGCAAAGAGGCAAAAAGAUGAAGCAGCCCAAGAGAGAGCCCGUGGAGCACAGUGAGGCAGAAGCACAGCACAAAUGCAAUGAGUGUGGAAUGAUUUUCCAGAGACGUUAUGCCCUUAUAAUGCACACACUGAAACAUGAAAGGACAAAAAAUUAUAAAUGCCCACUAUGCAAAAAAGAGUUCCAGUAUGGCGCCUCGUUACGAGCCCACCUUGUUCGUCAUACCCGGAAAAAUGAAGUGACGGUUGCAACGGCCAGUAUUGAAGAGAGCGGCGCAGCUGCAAAGGGCCGAACUAAACGGGAGUUUAUAUGUGAUAUAUGUGGAAGAAGCUUGCCUAAACUCUAUUCUCUGAGAAUUCAUAUGCUGAAACAUACAGGUGUAAAGCCACAUGCAUGUAAGAUGUGUGGCAAGUCAUUCACCUACAAGCAUGGUUUAAAGAUGCAUCUUGCCCUCCAUGAGGCACAGAAGCAGUUUAAAUGUGAAUUGUGUGAGAAGUCUUUUGUCACAAAACGAAGCCUUCAGGAGCAUGUGAGCAUUCACACAGGGGAAUCAAAAUACUUUUGUUCGCACUGUGGAAAAUCUUUCCAUAGAGCUUCAGGACUUAGUAAGCAUAUAAAGAAGCACCAGCCAAAACCUGAAAUUCGUGGAUAUCAGUGUACUCAAUGUGAGAAAAGUUUCUACGAACCUCGGGAUCUCCGGCAACAUAUGAAUAAGCAUCUUGGGGUGAAACCAUUCCAGUGUGAAUUUUGUGGAAAGUGCUACAGCUGGAAGAAAGAUUGGUAUUCUCAUGUGAAGUCCCAUUCCGUUACAGAUCCUUACAGGUGCAAUGUGUGUGGCAAAGAAUUCUAUGAGAAAGCUUUGUACAGAAGGCAUGUCAAGAAAGCCACCCAUGGGAAGAAAGGGAGAGCAAAACAAAACUUGGAACGUGUUUGUGAACAUUGUGGGAGGAAAUUCACUCAGCUCCGGGAGUACAGAAGACACAUGAAUAACCAUGAGGGAGUUAAGCCCUUUGAAUGUCUAACCUGUGGAGUGGCCUGGGCUGAUGCUCGUUCCUUAAAGCGCCACGUGAGGUCACAUACUGGAGAGCGGCCGUAUGUUUGUCCAGUGUGCAACGAAGCCUACAUAGAUGCCCGUACCUUGAGGAAGCACAUGACCAAAUUCCACCGGGAUUACGUACCUUGUAAAAUUAUGCUGGAAAAGGACACGCUUCAGUUUCAUAAUCAGGGGACGCAAGUGGAGCACGCCAUCAGUAUUUUAACAUCUGAGGCGGCAGAACAAGAAACGGAGAUGUGCGGUGAAGAGAUUGAGACAGUUGUAAUAACUGAAGAAACCCUUGAAGCCGUUGCAGCUACUGAAGAGUGUACAACAGUUUCCACUCUUUCUGACCAAAGUAUCAUGCAGGUAGUCAAUUAUGUAUUGGCACAACAGCAAGGACAGAAAAUAGCUGAGGUUACAGAAGCUAUUCAGACUGUAGAAGUCGAGGUGGAACAUGUUUCUGAUCAGGACUGAACACAGAUGCUCUCUA